CUACAGAGGCGCCACAAUUCACUUCUGCAAGUUCAUUUGUAAUACUUCGAAGAAAUUGGUUAAGUAGUACUGAAAGAAAGAAUAAAAAUGUUGAAUUCUUGUAUUUAUAUUUUUAAUACGGAAUAUGUAAUGUGUCAAAGAAGUGUACAUUUUCCUAUAUUAUCAGAACAAGAAAUGAUUAUUGAUAUUUUGAAUGACAGCAGGAGGGGACGAUUUGUACAAUACAAACACAAAUCUUGCUGAUAAAAUGUGCUGUUACAUAUUUGAACGCUGUUUCCGCCUUUAUUUUCAAAGGUGUCGACGUGUUAUAUCAAAAGUUAAAAUAGGAUAUGUGCUAUUUUUUCUGGGCUUGAUAGCAUUGUUAGAAUUCUUUGGGAUAUUUGUGCAUCUAUUUGAAGUUACAUAUGAUGAAAACUUUGUAUAUCCAUAUGAAGGCAAUGUACACGAGUUUGUGAAUGCUUUACGGCGCAAUGAAAAACCUGAAGUUGAACCUAUCAAUGAAUACAAGUAUAAUUUUGUGUUCAAACAACCACAAAAAUGUAAAGAAGAUGUGGAUUCUUCACUUCGUCUUGUAUAUAUAGUGAAGUCUGCUAUAGAAAAUUUUGACCGAAGAACUGCUAUACGUAAUUCAUGGGGAAUUGAAAAAAGAUUCUUUGAUGUGCCAACAAAAACUAUUUUCAUAGUAGGUACACAUCCAGAUGAUGAAGAAAUAGAAGCAAAACUAAAGUUAGAAGCUACAAUCCAUAAAGAUGUUAUACAAGCAGACUUCAUAGAUUCAUAUUAUAAUAACACUAUAAAAACUAUGAUGGGUUUUAAAUGGUUAGUAAAAUAUUGUUCAAAUUCGAAGUUUUACAUGUUUGUCGAUGAUGAUAUGUAUGUAUCAGUGAGAAAUGUAGCAACAUUUAUCAGAAACCCAGCUAAUUAUCCACUUUAUUUAAUGGAAUCAAAAAAAGUAUAUAGUGCACACAAAAGGGAAAUCAAACUCUCUGAUUUAAUGGAUUUCAAAGAUGUUAAUUUUAGUAAUAAUAAUAUAACAUCAUACGACAUAAAAAUGAAUAGAAUAUCUUCUGUGCAAAGUUUUACAACUCAUGAAUUUAUAAGUAAUAGUAGUCAGAAGAAUAACAUACAUAAUGAAGAAGAUAAACCAAUUAUAAAAAAUCUUCAAACAGAAUAUAAAAAGUUGCUUAGGUUAAAUACAUCUAUACUGAAUAGAACAAAGCGACAGCUUUUCGAUUUUGAACUGCCAGACAGCAUUAGACUGUUUGCAGGAUUUGUAUUUAUGCGAUCUGCGCCUCAUCGACAUAAAUUUUCUAAAUGGUAUGUUACACUAAAAGAAUAUCCAUACCAUUUGUGGCCACCAUACGUUACAGCUGGUGCAUAUAUCUUGUCUAAAGAGGCUCUUUUGGAUUUGUAUUAUACCAGUUUUUACACUAAGCACUUUAGGUUUGAUGACAUUUUUCUAGGUUUAAUAGCUAAAAAAGCUGACAUAGUACCAUUUCAUUGCGAAGAGUUUCAUUUUUACAAGAAAUCUUAUACAAAAUACAGUUACAAAUAUGUCAUAACAUCUCAUGGAUAUGAAGAUUCAAAUGAACUUCUACAAGUAUGGCAUGAGCAAAAAGCUCUCGGAAAUGCUUGAAUUUUUAUAUAUAAUUACAAAAUGUUUCAUAAUACUUUCUAUCAUAUGUGCGUGGCUCUAAAUAUUAUUUUUACUUAACGAAAAAUUAUACAUUAUAAUAGAAUUUUGCUAUA